UAUAUUAUUUCUCUUCGCCGUUUUAGACUCUAUAAAUAUUUUAAGCGACUUUUGGCUGGCAGCAAAACAAAAGCCUCUCUUUUCCCCGUUGAUUCUCUCUGCGAUCAGUAUCUCUUCGUCAUCUCCGUCCUACUUGUUUCCUUCCUUCUCCUCCAAUGGUGAUAGAUGACAAAGAAAGAGAGAGGACAAAGGUUGUUCUUACCAAACCGCUGUCGUUAAAUGAAGAAUCAGAUUCAGAUUAUGGAGCUCCCAAUCUUCUUCAACGUCUCCUCAGUCUCUUCAAAAAUGUCCGCCCUGGUUCUGAUCUCACCUCCUUCCAGUUGCCGCCUCUGUUCAACUUCCCAAAAUCACAUCUCCAGUGCUAUGGAGAAUCAGUGUACAGCAUCAGUAGUGAUAUGCUGAGCAAAUGCAGCAAGGCCGAGACACCCAUCGACAGAUUUAUAGCAGUUGUCGGCUGGAGCAUCUCUACUUUGCGCCCGUUGACUUUUGGAGUCGCUCCUUACAAUCCUGUUCUCGGCGAGACUCACCAUGUCUCCCGAGGAAAUCUCCAUGUCCUUCUCGAGCAGGUUUCACAUCACCCGCCAGUUUCUGCACUCCAUGCAACAGACGAGAAAGAAAACAUUGAGCUCAUCUGGACUCACCACGCAGUUCCCAAGUUCUACGGAACUUCGGUGGAGACGGAGGUUCACGGAAGAAGGCAACUCAAUCUCCUAACCCGAAACGAAACCUAUGAAAUGAAUUCACCCAAAUUACUCAUCAGAUUCCUUCCUUUCCCCGGCGUUGACUGGGUCGGAAACGUCAAGAUCUGCUGUCAUGAAACAGGCCUCGAAGCCGACUUAUCUUUCAGAGCGACUUCAUUUCUAGGACUUAGAAAAAGCCACAGAUCCGUCAAAGGCAAAAUCCAUCACCGCUCAUCCCCCAACAAUCCCCUGUUCGAGAUUAACGGUAACUGGGACAGAACUGUGACAGCGAAGGACGUUAAUAAUGGAGGAAUAACAGUGAUAUUCGACGCGAAAGAAGCUCUUACGGGGCUUAAAACUCCGGCCGUUAAAGAUUUGAAGGGGGUUUGGAGAGGUGAGUCGGCGGCGGUGUGGGGAGAAGUGAGUGAAGGGAUAAUGAGGGGGGAUUGGAAGAAAGCGAGAGAAGCGAAGAUGGCGGUGGAGGAGAAGCAGAGAGAGAUGAUGAGAGAAAGAGAAGGGAGAGGGCAGACUUGGGUUCCAAAGCAUUUUAGUCUGAGUUGCAGUAAAGACGGUGUUUGGGAAUGUUGUCCUCUGCAAAAAUGGGUGCCUCCUGCUCCAAUUGUUUCACCAAUUUGAUAAUUAUUUACUAAUUUCAUCAUCUGUAUUGCCCACCAAACACCAUGUAACAUUAUUUGUGAAUCAAAUUAGAUAGUAAAAUUAUUUUUAAAAAGU